CCAUUGACAGUAUCUCCAUAGGGUUUGGUACUUGGAUAUGGGCCAAACAGUUUCUCUGGGGUUAUCAAGAUUCAACGGACUCUGAACUUCAGCGAACUUUCAAUCUUGCCGUGGAAAAUGGCAUCGACCUAUAUGAGUGAUAGAAAUUCAACCUUUAUGUGGAGUUUGAAUGCAGUCGUCUGCAUUUAGAAAUCUAUAUUUUUGUUUAAUGUGUUUCAUUUAACAUAUUUCUUUCAUUUGUGAUAGAAAAUAAGAAUCUUAUUGUGCAGGUCCUGUUUAUUGGUUAUACGAUGACGGGACAAACAUCAAAUUCCUUUGAAAUGUAAGUUUCAUGCAUUUUUUUCUUUAAUUGAAACAUAUCCAGCGUUCCCACAGGAAAUUUCCCAACUCCUUAGAAUUCAAGGAUACAGUGGUACGGGCCUAUAGAAUAGAUCCUGUUCAAGUAAGGUCGUCCUAUACACACACUAGUACCAAUGGAUUAAGUUUCUAUAAUAUUUUGGAAGUUCUCUGCAAAGAACAGAUCUAUUUCUUCAUCAUCUCCCUGUCAACAGCAGUGAAAUUGGUGGCAAAAACAUAUGGCUUUGGGUUUUUGUCCCCAUGAAAGGCUUCCCUGUACUCACAAAGGGACAUAUGCUGAUGAUUGUAUUGUUGAGAGAGUUGCACAACACAAGUGCGAUACUGUCGCAACAUGCGAUCGAGAUUUGACGCGUAGAAUAAGCAAGGUCCCUGGUGUACCAAUUAUGUACAUCACUCAACACAAGUACUCUAUUGAAAGGCUGCCUGAAGCAACGAAGGGUGGAGGAAUGCAAACUGGAACAAAAAGACAAUAUUGGAAUUCAACCUACGAAGAAUUCUCAACUCAAGAAAAUCACUGGUUUACAGUUUGCUCCAUGGAAUCAUCACAAGUGCUUAUAACUUCAGCUGAUUCUCGUAUCAGAAUAUUUGAUGGAUCACAAAUGAUGUAUGAGUUUAGAGCAUCAGGUUUUCGAAAUACAAGCAGCCACAUUGCAGCUUCGUUUAGUUCAGACGGAAAGUAUGUCAUAAGUGCAAGUGAAGACUCUCAUGUUUACAUAUGGAAGAGACAACCUAAGAGCUCCAGGGGUAAAUCUAAAACUUCAAUCUCAGUUUAAGCUCAGGGGUGCUUUCAGUGUAAAGAUGUUUUUUAGUUCAAGGUUCAGUUUGGGGAAAUAAUGUCUAAAGAGCGAAGGUUCGGCUUGGGGAAACAACUGACGUGCCAGAAGGAAAUAACGAUCUAAAUUAAACAUUGUGUAUAUAAAGGAGAUGUAUUAUCAUUUUUAUCUUAUUUGGGCAUAAAGAUAUAUCUAGAAUUUUGUGAACUGUGAUAUUGCUCAACAUUUAUAUGAUUCAAGUAAAUGGUGAUGUUUCCUUGUUAAAAAAGUACUUGG